AUGGCCUCCUGGAAGAGCCCCUGGUGGCUGCUAAUGUGGCUGAUCUUCAUGCACUCUGCCCUCCUGCAGACCACAACAGAGAAGUCUCCUGGGGUCUACUUCCUUCCUGAGUUUGCACUUUCCCCUCAGGGGAGUUUUCUGGAGGACACAACUGGGGAGCAGUUCCUCACAUAUCGCUAUGACGACCAGACCUCAAGAAACACUCGUUCAGAUGAAGAGAAAGAUAGCAACUGGGACGCUUGGGGAGACUGGAGUGACUGCUCAAGGACUUGCGGAGGAGGAGCCUCAUAUUCUCUGCGGAGAUGUUUGACUGGCAGGAAUUGUGAAGGGCAGAAUAUUCGAUACAAGACUUGCAGCAAUCAUGACUGCCCUCCAGAUGCAGAGGACUUCCGAGCCCAGCAGUGUUCAGCCUACAAUGAUGUUCAGUACCAGGGACGUUAUUAUGAAUGGCUUCCACAGUACAACGACCCUGCUGCCCCCUGUGCGCUCAGGUGUCAGGCCCGGGGACAAAACUUGGUGGUGGAGCUGGCACCCAAAGUCCUAGAUGGGACUCGGUGCACCGCUGACUCCUUGGACAUGUGCAUCAGUGGCAUCUGCCAGGCAGUGGGCUGCGACCGGCAACUGGGGAGCAACGCCAAGGAGGACAACUGUGGUGUCUGUGCUGGUGACGGCGCCACCUGCAGGCUGGUGCGGGGACAGUCAAAGUCACACGUGUCUCCUGAAAAAAGGGAAGAAAAUGUAAUUGCUGUUCCUUUGGGAAGUCGAAGUGUGAGAAUUACAGUGAAAGGACCUGCACAUCUCUUUAUUGAAUCAAAAACACUUCAAGGAAGCAAAGGAGAGCACAGCUUUAACAGUCCUGGAGUUUUUGUUGUAGAAAACACAACAGUGGAAUUUCAGAAGGGCUCAGAGAGACAAACCUUUAAGAUUCCAGGACCCCUGAUGGCUGAUUUCAUCUUCAAGACCAGGUACACUGUGGCUAAGGACAGCGUGGUCCAGUUCUUCUUCUACCAGCCGAUCAGCCAUCAGUGGAGACAAACUGACUUCUUUCCCUGCACUGUGACGUGUGGAGGAGGGUAUCAGCUCAAUUCUGCUGAAUGUGUGGAUAUCCGCUUGAAGAGGGUGGUUCCUGACCAUUAUUGCCAUUACUACCCUGAAAAUGUGAAACCAAAACCCAAACUGAAGGAAUGCAGCAUGGAUCCUUGCCCAUCAAGUGAUGGAUUUAAAGAGAUCAUGCCCUAUGACCACUUCCAGCCUCUCCCUCGCUGGGAACAUAACCCUUGGACCGCAUGCUCAGUGUCCUGUGGAGGCGGGAUUCAGAGGCGGACCUUUGUGUGUGUGGAGGAGUCCAUGCACGGAGCGAUACUUCAGGUGGAAGAAUGGAAGUGCAUGUACGCGCCCAAGCCCAAGGUGAUGCAAACCUGCAAUCUGUUUGACUGUCCCAAGUGGGUCGCCAUGGAGUGGUCUCAGUGCACAGUGACUUGUGGCCGAGGGUUACGUUAUCGAGUUGUGCUGUGCAUCAACCACCGUGGACAGCACGUUGGUGGCUGUAACCCACAACUGAAGUUACACAUCAAAGAAGAAUGUAUCAUUCCCAUCCCCUGUUAUAAACCAAAAGAAAAAAGUCCAGUGGAAGCUAAAUUACCUUGGCUGAAACAAGCUCAAGAACUAGAGGAGACCAGAAUAGCAACAGAAGAACCAACGUUUGUUCCGGAGCCCUGGUCCGCCUGCAGUGCCACAUGUGGGCCAGGUGUUCAGGUGCGAGAGGUGAAGUGCCGCGUGCUCCUGACCUUCACGCAAACUGAGACUGAGCUGCCAGAGGAAGAGUGUGAGGGCCCCCGGCUGCCCACAGAGCGGCCCUGCCUCCUGCAGCCCUGUGAUGAGAGCCCCGCCACCCGAGAGCUGGCCGCCUCCCUGCAGGAGCAGGACAGUGAGACGACCUACGACUGGGAAUACGCUGGCUUCACCCCCUGCACAGCCACCUGUUUGGGAGGCCAUCAAGAAGCCAUUGCAGUGUGCUUACACCUUCAGACCCAGCAGACAGUCAAUGACACCUUGUGUGAUAUGGUCCACCGCCCUCCAGCGAUGAGCCAGGCUUGUAACACAGAGCCCUGUCCGCCCAGGUGGCACAUGGGCUCUUGGGGACCCUGCUCAGCUACCUGUGGUGUUGGCAUCCAGACUCGAGAAGUAUACUGCCUGCACCCUGGGGAGUCCCCCUCCCCUCCUGAGGAAUGCAGAGAUGAGAAGCCCCAUGCCUUACAAGCAUGCAACCAGUUUGACUGCCCUCCUAGCUGGCAUAUUGAAGAGUGGCAGCAGUGUUCCAGGACCUGCGGAGGGGGAACGCAGAAUCGCAGGGUCACCUGUCGGCAGCUCUUAACGGAUGGCAGCUUCUUGAAUCUCUCCGAGGAACUGUGUCAGGGACCCAAGGCCUCAUCCCGUAAGUCCUGUGCCAGGACAGACUGUCCUCCACACUGGACUGUGGGAGACUGGUCCAAGUGUUCUGUCAGUUGUGGUGUUGGAACCCAGCGGAGACAGCAGAUGUGCCAGAAGCUGACGGCCAAAGGCCAUCGGGUCCCCCUCACUGAGACGCUGUGCCGGCAUCUUUCUGGACCUCCUCUGGUGAGAUCUUGCCAGAUGCCUGUGUGCAGGAAAAUGAAACCAGAGGUGAAGGCCAGACUCGGGGAGCAGGGUCCUCAGAUCCUUGGUGUCCAGAGAGUCUACAUCCAGACAAGGGAAGAGAAACGCAUUAACUUGACCGUCGGGAGCAGAGCCUAUCUGCUGCCCAACACAUCUGUGAUCAUUAAGUGCCCCGUGCGACGAUUCCAGAAAUCUCGGAUACAGUGGGAGAAGGACGGGCGUUGUCUGCAGAACUCCAAGCGACUUGGCUUCACAAAGUCAGGCUCACUGAAGAUUCACAGCCUUGCUGCCCUCGACAUUGGUGAGUACCGCUGCAUCGCCGGCCCCGCACAGGAGACUGUGGUGCUUAAGCUCAUUGGCACCGACAACCGGCUCAUUGCACCCCCAGCCCUUGGAGGGCACACCAGGGAAUAUCCUGGGAUGGACAACAACGAGGCCAGUAAUCUGGGAGCCACAUGGCAUAAGAUGAGGCUGAUGUGGAACAACAAAAAUGAGCUUUAUCUGCACAAUGGCCAAAUUAACAAUCAGUCUCUCUUGAGAGCUCUGUUGGGCCACUGCAGCCCUUCUGCAGGAAAUGCCAACUCCUGGGAAUUUGAGAACAAGCAGUUUGAAGCAGCAGUUAAACAGGGAGCCUAUAGCAUGGAGACCGCCCAGUUUGAUGAAUUGAUCAGGAACAUGAGCCAGCUCAUGGAAACAGGGGAGAUCAGCGAUGACCUGGCAUCCCAGGUGAUAUAUCAGCUGGUGGCUGAGUUAACCAAGGGGCAGCCUGCACAUGCGCACUGGAGGGGCAUCCCUGGAGAGGCACUUCCCACGGCUCAGCUAAGGGGGGAGACUGGAAGUGUGCCCCAAAGCUCGAACUCCAAAAACUCAGGCAAGCUGACAUUCAAGCCGAAGGGACCUGUCCUCUUGAGGCAGAGCCAACCCACCUCAAUUUCCUUUAAUAAAACAGUAAAUUCAAGGAUUGGAAAUACAGUCUACAUUACAAGAAGGACGGAGGCCAUCAACAUACUGUGUGAGCUUGUCACCCCCAGUGAGGCCACCUAUACGUGGACCAAGGAUGGAGCACUGUUACAGCCCUCAGAAAAAGUCAUUUUUGAUGGAAUGGGGAAAAUACAGAUACGGAAACCUACAAAGAAAGACCAAGGAACAUAUGGAUGUGCUGUAGCUAAUCAUCUCGGUUCAGAUGUGGAAAGUUCUUCUGUGCUGUAUGCAGAGGCACCUGUCGUCUUGUCUGUUGGAAGAAACAUCACCAGACCAGAGCAUGGCCAUCUCUCUGUUGUGAUUGGCGGCUUCGUGGAGGCACCCCUGCAAGCAAAUGUGACCAUACAGUGUCCUGUAAAAGGUGUCCCUCAGCCUAAUGUAACUUGGUUGAAGAAAGGAGGAUCUCUGAGUGACAAUAUUUCCUUGCUUUUCAAUGGAUCCCUGUUGUUGCAGAACCUUUCCCUUGAAAAUGAAGGAACCUAUGUCUGCACAGCCACCAAUGCUCUUGGAAAGGCAAUGGCAACAUCCGUCGUCCACUUGCUGGAGACUUUCUGGGAGCUUGGCAACUGGACUCAUUGUUCUGCCACGUGCGGCCACUUGGGAGCCCAAGUUCAGAGACCCCAGUGCCUGAUGGCCAACGGGCAGGAAGUGAGCGAGGCCUUCUGUGACCAGCUCCGGAAGCCACGGGCUGCGUUCCAGCCCUGUAACAUCCGGGACUGCCCCCCGAGGUGGCUCACAGGCACGUGGUCAGAGUGCUCUGUGUCUUGUGGUGAAGGAUUCCGCAGUCGGCAAGUGACAUGUAAGCGCACAAGAGCCAAUGGAAUGGUGCAGGCAUUGCCGCCGAGAGUGUGCAUCCCCAGAGACAGGCCUCUGGGGAGAAGACCCUGUUCCAGUCACCCCUGUGUUCAGGGGCUCGUUGAACAAGGGAACCAGUGUCCUGGACGUUGCCUGGGUCGCAUUGUAAGGAUGCAGCAGCAUCACAUAAUUUGUCAGCACCCCAACAGUUCUGAGUCCGGCUGUGAUGACACAAAGAGACCUAUCAUUCAGAGGAACUGCUUGUUGGGAGCUUGUGACGCAUGUUGGCGUGCAGGCCCUUGGAAGCCCUGCACCACAGCCUGUGGCCGAGGCUUCCAGUCUCGGAAAGUUGACUGUGUCCACCCAGGGAGCUGCAAGCCGGUGACUAAGACACGCUGUGCACCAGGGAAGAAACCUGCUUCCUGGCAGCAUUGCCUGGGGCCUUCCUGUGACAGAGACUGCACAGACACAACUCACUACUGUACGUUUGUAAAGCAUCUUCAUUUGUGUUCAUUAGACCGCUACAAACGAAGGUGCUGUCAGUCGUGUCAAGAAGGAUAA